AAGGCGCUGCAUGAUUACAUUGGCUUUCUUUCCUGCCCGAGCCAAGACGUGUGUUAACGUUGAAGUGGGGGUAGCUAUAGUUGGAGACACUAAAUUGACCCGUAAGCAGUGCAACAUUGGCUGUGAAGGUCUUGUCCUAGAAACGACAUAUUUGAGUGAAUAGGAAGCUGUAUAUUUUUAACAAAUUCAAAAAUGUCUUGGCAAAGCUACGUGGAUAACCUGAUGGCCGACGGCAGCUGUCAGGAUUCCGCCAUUGUUGGGUAUACUGACGCCAAAUACGUUUGGGCAGCACAUGCCGGUGGUACUUUUAGCAACAUAACGCCUCAAGAGAUUGAUGUCCUCAUUGGAAAGGACAGGACUAGCUUCUUCACCAACGGCAUGGCCUUGGGUUCAAAGAAGUGCUCUGUCAUCAGAGACAGCCUCCAUAGUGAAGGGGACUGGACAAUGGACAUCAGGACAAAGAGUCAAGGAGGAGAGCCAACGUACAACAUUACUGUAGGCAAGGCUGGCAAAGUCUUGGUUCUUGUAAUGGGCAAAGAAGGGGUCCACGGAGGUGGAUUGAAUAAGAAGGCAUACUCAAUGGCAAAAUACUUGAGGGAUUCGGGGUUCUAGUGUCACCAAGCUUGCUUAGUUAAAAUUGAGGGACAAAAAGAAGAGAAUAAAUAUUGCUUUUAAGAUUUCUUCUGCAAACAGUCAAAUGUCGUUGAAACUUUAAUAGCAAUGAAGAGUAAUGGUCGUGGUGGGAACAUCCUAUGUCACUUUUAUCCCCACUCUUAGUGGGGAAAAAGACUAUUUUCAGUUUUGUUCAUUUUUCUUUUUGUUUCCUUGUGUGCCCCAGCAUUAGUUUUAGUCAUGGGAAAGGAAGGGGUCCAUGGCGGACAGCUCAACAAGCAAGUAUUUACCAUGGCUGAGCACCUGAGGUAGUCUGGAUAUUGAAGCAGCCUCUACCCAUCAUCUUUCUCACCUCCAUUGUGUUGACAGUACUUUGGGGAUUAGUUAGCAGACACAUUGGUACUCUUCCCCAGUUCCACUUUUAUGUACACCCUUUAUUUUUUGUUCAUGUUUUUUUUUGUCCCUUUUCCUCACCAUUCUUUCUCAGAGCAUUAACACUAUGUACCCUAUUUCUGACACUAAAGUAAGAGCAUGUUCAUCAGAAAUGGUUGAAAUGUAUAUUUACCAAAAGGGAAAUGUGCAAAGAAAUUCAUAAAAAAUAUAAUUAAAUUGUGUACCAAAUUUGGACUUGGCUUGUAUACACCAAUACUUAGUAAUUGGAAAAUGACAGGAGGAAGCAUACCUUAAUUGGCUGCGUCAUUCGAUGGUGUAGACAGUUUCGCAUAGGAAAAUGUAUUUUCAGAAUUUUGAAGCGAUGACCGUCUGUGGUCUCCUUUCCUCAGCAUGUCAGGGUUUGAAAGUUGCAUGCAUAUCUUUUAGUAGCAUUUCCCAAACCUUUAUAUUCCAUCCAGAAAUGUUAUUUUAAUUCAGUCCUUCUUGCAUUGUCAUUUGAUACAUACAUCAUUAAGGUAAAGAUUUCCUCCAGCAUAGUCCUCUAAACAUACUUUGAAACCCCUCAGCUGAGUCAGCCCACUAUUUAGAUUUUCUUUUCUUUAGGUUGCAUUAUCUUCCAUCAACUGCUUUUGCUGUUGUAACUUGAAUGUGGUCUUACAAGUCAUUGAUGUGGUGUUGGAAUAUUGUUUGAAAGUAAUGGCAGAUAAGAUCAGCAUUGCUGAGUUAAAAAAAUAAAUAUAUUCCUCCCAUGAACCUUCAAAUACGUCUUAAAGUCCUCAUGGACAUUCCAUCUUUGCAAUAGCUCAGGCACAUAUCUAGGAUAUGCCAGCUCCUGCAAUUUUAUUUCACGCUGCUGACAUUGCGCAGUGUAUCGUCCCUACAAACCAUGUUUUGGCAAGUUUUUAUUUUCCAUAGGACCAAUUGUCUGUCAGGGUGAUUUUCAGAAUAGCUUCAAACCAUUGUGAAAGAUUGUUGCCCUCAUUUUGUCAGUCAUUAGACACUAUACUUCAGAUGGCUUUAAAACACUUACUGCUUCUUUAGAUUACUUAGAAACUAAUUGAUUUACUGCUAAUUUGUUAACGGGUGAAAUUGCAGUCUCAUUGGACAACUGGUAAUGAGUGUAUUCUUAGUGAACGACUGUAAACCCAAGCUCUGCUGGGCAAAACUCUGAGUUUCCUUGUGCUCUACUCAUCAAAGAUGUAUCAGCAACUGUCAGCACACUACUUAACAGUAUAUUAAAAACAACAUUGAAAGUGUUUACACUAAAUUGGUGGAAAAUGGUGUUGGUUGGAAUAAGAACACUAGUGAGUUGUCUUGUGAAAACUUUCAAAGAAAACUAUCCUGUGCCAUAAUGUAGAUCUGAGCUGUUGCUACUGUGAGUUAGAUUUUGAACUUCUGCCCCAGCAAGGACUAUGGCUCUUUCCUCCUGUAAAGGCUUUGUGGAAUAUGUCCAGAACUACACAUUUCACACUGAUUUGUGAUUUUUCUUUCCCCUAUGCAUUUGGAUUCAGUCAGUUAUUAAAUUUGCAUUUUGAUAAAUGUUUGGGGGAAAAUGCCAUAAAUUGAUAAAUCACCUUGUUUACAGACAGAUCAAAUAAAAGUUCUUCCAACCAGAACUGUCAA